UCGCAGCAAUAAAUUGCAUCCCAACAAAAGUAAGGCUCAUUGCUUAGCUAAUAAUAAUAAUAUGAUAAGAGCCAUGCAGCAUCUUCAGUAGAAUGACUUUUGCAAGACCCAACAAAGCAGAUCAGAAAUCUCUCUUUUCCCUUCUGCAAGUUUUCUGAUUCUUUCGAUUCGUUUGGCAAGUGGGAAUCAACUUUAUAACACAUGAUAUACAACAGCAGACAUGGAGGGGAGUGUGGAUGAAAAUUUGCUUACAGAAGUUCGAAGAGCAGAGGAGGAAGGGACACUCAAAGACAGAGUAUGGACAGAGUCCAAGAAAAUGUGGAUUGUGGCUGGUCCUGCAAUAUUUUCAAGAUUUUCAACGUUCGGAGUUGGUAUCAUUACCCAAGCUUUCAUUGGCCAUAUUGGACCCUCGGAGCUUGCUGCAUAUGCUUUGGUGUCAACUGUGUUACUUAGAUUUGCAAACGGCAUAUUGUUGGGCAUGGCUAGUGCAUUGGAGACGCUAUGUGGCCAAUCAUUUGGUGCGAAACGAUAUGACAUGCUUGGAGUAUAUCUUCAAAGAUCAUGGCUUAUUUUGUCCAUAUGCUCAAUUAUUCUAUCACCAGUGUUUAUCUUCACCACCCCAAUUUUAAAAGCUCUAGGCCAGGAGGAAUCCAUUGCUGAAGUGGCAGGAACCAUUUCACUCUGGCUAAUCCCCGGGUUAUUUUCCUUUAUGGUAUCCUACACCUGCCAAAUGUUCCUCCAAGCACAGAGCAAGAAUAAGAUCAUCGCAUACUUGGCAGCAUUUACACUGGUAUUCCAUGUGUUCCUCUCAUGGCUCUUGACAGUGAAGUACAAAUUUGGACUUAGCGGGGCCAUGGUUUCUACCAUUUUGGCAUUUUGGAUCCCAAACAUAGGUCAGCUUGUGUAUAUAUUUGGUGGAUGGUGCUCAGAGACAUGGAAAGGUUUCUCCAUGUUGGCCUUCAAGGAUCUCUGGCCUAUUAUCAAGCUCUCUCUGUCAUCUGGUGUUAUGGUCUGCCUAGAACUCUGGUACAACACGAUUCUAGUUCUGUUAACAGGAAGCAUGAGAAACGCUGACAUUGCUAUUGAUGCUCUUUCUAUAUGCAUUAAUAUCAAUGGUUGGGAACUCAUGAUAUCUCUUGGUUUCUUGGCUGCGGCAAGUGUGAGAGUCUCUAAUGAGCUUGGAAGAGGAAGCUCUAGAGCUGCAAAGUUCUCCAUCAUGCAGACAGUGCUGACAUCAUUUGCUAUCAGAUUUGUGCUAUUUAUAAUUUUCUUGUUCCUCCGGGGACGGCUAGCUUACAUAUUUACAGAAAGUACUGAGGUUGCGGCUGCUGUUGCUGAUUUGUCACCUCUAUUGGCGUGUUCCAUACUUCUGAAUAGCAUUCAACCCGUUCUUUCUGGUGUUGCUGUUGGGGCUGGCUGGCAAAGCACCGUGGCAUACGUGAACAUUACAUGCUAUUACCUAAUUGGAAUUCCAGUUGGAGUAGUGCUCGGCUAUGUUCUCCAGUUUCAGGUUAAAGGUGUUUGGGUUGGAAUGUUGUUCGGUACACUGACUCAAACAAUUGUACUAAUCAUAAUUACUUACAAGACGGACUGGGAGAAACAGGUAUUGCUUGCUAGACAGCGGAUAAACAAGUGGUCUGUGAAAUCUGAAGAAGCUGAAGAAGAUGAACAAAAUGCAUGAAAAUCAGAUAACAUUACUCAUUGUUAGCUAUAUUCCUGCAACGGCAAUCCUG